AUGGAUGGUCUAUUUUGUUGCAUAAUGAACACGUGGUACGUAAAUAUAGCUCUUCAAACGAAAUUAAGAAUGUUGACUUGUGACCAUUCAGUUUCGCCGGAUCGGUACAACGAUCGUGUGGAGGAGCAUUUACGAGUUACUGGAUUUUAUCAUGCAUCUCAGAUUGGUGUCGUACAAAAUCAGAAAGCACUCGUGAAUGCUCUAAUCGAACGCUGGCCCCCUGAUACACAUACGUUUCACCUUCCAAUUGGUGAAUGUGAUAUAACUCUUGAAGAUGUGGCUCUAAUUCUUGGUCUUCCGACGGAUGGUCUUCCAGUUACUGGGAUGACAACGAGUAGUUUCUCAGCGUUGGAGGCGGAGUGUUUGCAUCAAUUUGGAGUUGCACUGCGUAAGUCGGAGUGUAGAGGAUGCUGCAUAAAACUGACUUGGCUGCGGGAUCUAAAAGAAAACAUGCAGUUGAAUGAUGGAAUAAGUAUACAGAGGUAUGUGAAGUGCCACAUUAUGUUGCUGAUUGGGACGAUCUUGUUUGGGGAUAAAUCUGGGGCAGGUGUGCACUGGAAGUUUCUACCCUUGCUUCGUGAUUUUGCCAGUAUUGGACAGUAUAGUUGGGGAUCGGCAUGCCUAGCACACCUCUACAGGGCGUUAUGCAGGGCAUCUCGUUAUAACUGUAAGGAAAUAGAUGGUUUUCAAAAAUUAAGAUAA